AGGGCGAGGUGGGUUCCCAGGCUCGGCAGGGGCAAGGCGGUGAGCCCCUCCCGAUUGUGUUGGUGCCCCAUUCUGAAGAGAGAUUUCAGAUUUUUGUAUUUGAUCUUCUCAAAAAAUGUAGUAAGCGGGGACCCUUGCCGCACCACUGGAUCGCACGCACUGCCUAUAGCCAGAGGGUGACUUUUCCUUGGGGGACAGCCAAGGAUUCCCCAAGAAGACAAUGGACUCCGGAGCUCGCCCAGCCGGUGGCUGUAGUAGCAACCCCGCAGGGCUGUCCCGGGAGUAUAAAUUGGUGAUGCUGGGUGCUGGUGGCGUGGGGAAAAGUGCCAUGACCAUGCAGUUCAUCAGCCACCGCUUCCCCGAAGAUCAUGACCCCACCAUUGAAGAUGCUUAUAAGAUCCGGAUCCGCAUUGAUGAUGAGCCUGCCAACCUGGACAUUUUGGAUACAGCUGGACAGGCAGAGUUUACAGCCAUGCGGGAUCAGUACAUGAGAGCAGGAGAAGGCUUCAUCAUCUGCUAUUCCAUCACGGAUCGUCGAAGUUUCCAUGAAGUUCGGGAGUUUAAACAACUUAUUUAUAGAGUCCGACGUACCGAUGAUACACCUGUGGUUCUUGUGGGAAACAAGUCUGAUCUCAAACAGCUUAGGCAGGUUACGAAAGAAGAAGGCUUAUCUCUGGCCCGAGAAUUCAGCUGUCCCUUUUUCGAGACGUCCGCUGCAUACCGUUACUACAUUGAUGAUGUCUUCCAUGCCCUCGUGCGGGAGAUACGGAGGAAAGAAAAGGAGGCAGUAUUGGCCAUGGAGAAAAAAUCAAAACCCAGAAACAGCAUGUGGAAGAGGCUAAAGUCACCAUUCCGGAAGAAGAAGGAUUCUGUGACUUGAAGGAAGAUGGGAAGUGCUUCCCUGUGAACUGCAGUGCCGAUGGAAGCAGUCCGUACCCUGCAGUAGUGAGCGUGGCACUUGCUCUUUCCCCUGUCAUGACCAUUAUUUUCUAAGUAACCGUUGAGGGGCAUGUGCCUACUAGGAGUUUCCAUUGAUGUGGUAUUUAAAGUACUGUCUUAGUUCAUUUCUGAUUUAUUAAUCCAGUGGAGCACCGUCUGCUUUUUAAACUGUCACAUUAGAAUUUGAUCUCCCAAUGUUUUGGGUUCUGUUGCUGAUGUUGAUUCAUUCGUGUAAAGCAUGUAUACCCAGAAGAAUGCGUGUACAAUAUCUGUUGCACUUUGUUUACCAAGGAGUGUUUUCCCUGCCGUGCAGUCCUCACUGACCUUCAACUUUAACUUCCCGGGACUCUUCUCAGAGGAGGAUUGCAAUCUCUUCUGUUCAAAUUGUGCUUCCUGGAAAUAGAACAGAAAUCAUAUUAGCGGGUCAGUACAGAAAGAGACCAGUGUGAGAGUUGGGCAGAGAGCUGUGGAGCUGACAGCUGGUGCAGAUCGUGAAAGGAUGUGGUUUGGGGGACUUGGGCAAGCAUUUGCAGGGACUUGGUGAGGAAAAGAUCCUCACAGUUCGAUUUUUGACACUUGUGAGAACUGUUCAAUGACUGUAAGGCACUGGAAUGGGUAAGAGCAGACAGACACGUUGGAACUGUAAUGAAGGUGUCUGGGGAAGCCGCUUGAUGUGACUUUUCUGUACCUACAGAGAUGAUCAUUUAGGAGCCUUAGCUGAAGUCCCCAAACUUCUCUGGAGUACCCUGUGCUGCCAAGGCCUGUAUUGCCUUGUUGCAGGAUUCUUUUUCCCCUCGCACACAGCCAUCCUACAGUCCCAUUCAUUGCUUCCCAGUGCAGUGUGGGAGAACCAGGCUGGCAGAACGUCCUCAGACCCUUUCUCACACUGGCUGUGUUUUCCUUAAGGAAGCUACCUCGGGGGAUUCGAGUAAGAUUGUGUGCCGUGCUGGGCACUGACAGUCCCCAGGCUCAGUGAGCAGAGAAAGUCCAUGCUGUCCCUGCUGAGUGCGGCCAUGGGGGAAGCUUUUCACGAUCCCAUGCACUGGGUGUGUCCUCUGAAGGUGUCUGUGGAAGGGCCUUGUGAAGGCAACCUCGGGAGUUUCCAAGCCUUGACGAAGGUUAGCCGAAGGAAAUAGUGCUUCACAGCCCCCUGUGUGAAGUUGGAAAAGUGUGGUCCUUGGAAGAAGCAGCUUUAAAUAUUGGCAGCAAGCGCCCUGUGUUAGGAGCAGGAUAAUUUUGAUAUGUGAACUUGUUAAGUAUGGAGAAGGAAUGCAAACGUGCCAAGAGUAAAUCUUUAUCUAUUGAAGAUGAAAUGUCACUGAAGCAGUGUUUGUGUCUGCUUUAAGCUCAGAAGAGAUGCUUUUGUGUAGCACCUUUAAAAAGAACCCAGCUCAACCAAACCA